AAUACACUCCUUCAAAGUUUCUUUUCCAUCACAAAGUUGAAGAAUUUGUAAACAUGAGACUGGAAGACAUCCACUUUAAGCUCAAGGCAUUUAAGCUGAGGCGAUUUCGUAUAGGAGAUGGUGGGAGCAAGAAAAGAGAGAAUGGGGUUAAAAAGAAGCCUUCAUGGAUGAUGCCAGUCUCUCAUGGAUAUCAUGUGGUUGAAAAUAUGUUGCUGAGAGGCUGCUCUGAUGAACGAGAAUUUGAUACAGUCGUGGUCCAAAGAGCGCAAAUUGAUGAGCUCGAGUUAUGGUUCUUUGGAGUUUUUGAUCCCCGGAUCGGCGAUGGUGUUACCAAGUAUGUACAGUCUCAUUUCUUUGAUAAGAAGCCUAAACAGUCUCGAAUCUAUAGGAAGACUAAGGAGACGAUAAAGAAAGCGUAUCCUGGAGCAAAAGCAAAGGCGAGAGAGGAGCAGAAGGAAUACGUGACAUUUCAAGCAGAGUCGGCGUCUGUGAUGGUUAUCAACAGAGAAAAGCUCGUGGUGGCUAACCUGGGUGGCUAUAGAGCCGUCGUAUGUAGAGAUGGUGUGGCUCAUCAGCUAAGCAGCAAGCACUAUGGUGGAGCUAGAAGACAUUGGGCCCGAAGAUUGUUUCCAGUUCGUAUAUUAGCAUGCAAUUCAAGUAAUGUGGCAGCGAUAAGGCAUCCCAAGAGCUCAGAACUUGUGGUUGGGGCCGAAAAUCUCGAUGCUGAGACUGAAUUCAUCAUUAUAGCAGGCACUGGAAUCUGGGAGGUGAUGAAAAAUCAGGAGGCUGUGAAUCUCAUUAUGCAUUUAGAGGAUCCACAAGCAGCAGCUGAGUGCCUAACAAAGGAGGCUUUAACAAGAAUGGGCAAGAGCAAUAUAUCAUGCAUCAUUAUUCGUUUUGAUUAGUAGCACUAUCUGUUUUCAUCUAGAGUUUUAAGCAUCCAUUGUUAUGUA